CCUUUGGACCUUCACAUUUUCGUCGUUUACAAAUGUGAUCUGCUCAAACGCGAUCACAAUGUGACACAAUCGCAUCUUCUGACAUUCACUUUAAUAUUCGCUGUCUCUUUAAAACACAUGCAGCCCACGCCUCGAAAAGCGGCUCGUUCCGGCUUUGCCCCUUUACAUCUUUAUCCUUGCCCCCUAGAUGAAAAUAGUACCGUGCAAAAUAUCCGACAACAACAACCAACGUCAUAUUAUGUUAAAACGGCACAAUGUAAGUAUCCACCGGUGACAUUUAAGUGCAAAGAAGCACAAGUGAAGUUCUUUUCUGUCCGCGUGAAUACGCGGCGGAGGGAUUUCGGGUCUCAAUCUCACUGGUGGACGGAUCGUGAAAUUGCGAAACAUACUAUACCGAAGGCGGGGGCGAUCAAUAUUAUUUAGGUAAUGAGAGCGUUGCUUGGAAACGUCCCAAUAGAGAGCGGUGGGCUUAUGAAUAUUGAUUACGUAACGCAUACGUCAGAUCGCUGCCUUCCAAUGCCGCAUGCUUGGCUCAUGAAUAUUAAAGACACAGGACGUGAUCAUAGUGGGAUUUGUUGACGGCUCAUGGGAGUGUACCUGCCUCUUGAACAUGUCGCGCUGUCAAGGAACGCGCUCCCGAAUUUCUGGAACCGACAUACGUGAUUUUAUGUGAUGUCUGGGCGGAAUGAAAAGACCGCAAAAACCGGGAAAAAAACAAGUUCGGCUCCCGUGUGAAUAACUGCAUGCGAUGAAGAAUUUGAUCUUGACGGCGAAGUGCACAUAAACUAUGGACGGUUAUGAUGACACUCUACGGUGUGUUUAAGGCGCUGGGGCGUGGCGGCAUGCGAUCUACCUGAGCGUGUGGGCUCCACCUGGAGGUGACAGGAUGCCGGUGCAGGCGGCACAAUGGACUGAGUUUCUAUCCUGCCCCAUCUGCUACAAUGAGUUUGACGGCAGCGAGCACAAGCCCAUCAGCCUGGGCUGCUCGCACACCGUCUGCAAGACCUGCCUGCACAAACUGCACCGCAAGGCCUGUCCUUUUGACCAGACGGCCAUUAGCACCGACAUCGAUGCACUGCCGGUCAACUGUGCCUUGUUGCAGCUGGUGGGGGCGUCGGUUCCAAUGGGAGAGACUGUAAAUGUGGGCAGUGCUGAAGACACAAGACAUUAUGAAGUGUGCAGGAUGUGUGUAGAGGAGCUGGCACCGUAUCUCAAACCCAUAAGCGGAGGGAAAGGUGUGGUUGCGUCACUCAGUCAGAGCUCGCUCAGUAGACCCAUGCAGAGGAAGCUGGUGACUCUUGUGAACUGUCAGCUGGUUGAGGAGGAGGGGCGUCUGCGGGCAAUUCGGGCGUGCAGAUCUCUGGGUGAGCGCACUGUCACUGAACUGAUCCUACAGCACCAGAACCCACAGCAGCUCUCCGCCAACCUGUGGGCUGCUGUGCGGGCACGCGGCUGUCAAUUCCUCGGACCUGCCAUGCAGGAAGACGCUUUGAAGCUUGUGCUGCUGGCUCUAGAGGACGGCUCGGCUCUGUCACGGAAGGUUCUGGUUCUGUUCGUGGUGCAAAAACUGGAAGCGCGGUUCCCUCAGGCCUCAAAGACCAGCAUCGGUCAUGUUGUUCAGCUGCUGUACCGCGCCUCCUGCUUUAAGGUGACCAAACGGGAUGAAGACUCCUCCCUCAUGCAGCUGAAGGAGGAGUUUCGCACUUACGAGGCUCUUCGUCGCGAACACGAUGCUCAGAUCGUUCACAUCGCCAUGGAAGCUGGACUGCGUAUCUCACCCGAGCAGUGGUCGUCUCUGCUGUACGGAGACCUCAUCCACAAAUCCCAUAUGCAGUCAAUCAUAGACAAGCUCCAGUCUCCAGAAUCCUUUGCAAAGAGUGUGCAGGAGAUCACUAUAAUCCUGCAGAGAACAGGUGAUCCAGCCAACCUCACCAGCCUCAGAGUUCCUCUGGAGCUGCUCGCCGCCAUCGACCACAACCCUGAUGCGGCUGCUCCGUCCUGGGGAGAAUUGGAAAGUGUGUUAUUGGCCGUGAAGGUGAUCAUCCACGGGCUGGUGGAAUUCAUCCAAAACUUCAGCAAAAAGAGCCACGAAAGCACUCAGACUCAACCAAACAGCAAGUACAAGACCAGCAUGUGCAGAGACUUAAGGCAGCAGGGCGGGUGUCCGAGAGGAGCCAGUUGUACUUUCGCUCACACACAAGAGGAACUGGAGAAGUACAGAAUAAGAAAUAGGAAAGCCGGUGGGGCGGUGAGACCCUUUCUCCCAGUUUCAACAGUAAUGCCCAAAGGGGGCACCAAUGGGGUAACUCCAGGGUCAGAAGUGGGCACGGGUGAGCUGAAGAACUAUGAAACAGAGGAGACAUCAGGAGAAUCAUCUCCCACUCAGCUCAUCCCUAGAGGAGGAGACAACCAAGACGAAACUCUCCUCAAUGGACUGACUACUACCAGCCAAGACAAUCGGGGUCGGUCUUCUGUGAAGGCUGUAGAGGAUAACUGUGGUCCUCAUGAACACAGGUCUGUUCUCGCGAGACCUCAUCCUAAGCUUUGCUACUCUCAGGACCAGAGAACACUGUAUGACCUCCCACCGUACCACCAUCCUCCCAUUCCUCCUCAAAAGUCACGUAGCACACGUUUCCCUCGGUCCAACAACAUACCUGAGUCCACGUUACCCCCUUCAGUGGGUUCCCUGUACCCGGAUCAGCACCCCUCAAUCCCUCCUCCAGACAGAUCAGGCCACGCCCCUAUUGGUCCUUCUUGUCCUUACUCUAUGUCCCAAGCACACGGCAUGUACACGCCCGUCUACGACAGCAGACGCGGGUGGAGACCGGCGCUGUAUCCCAGGGAGGGAGGCCGGAGCAACUCGCUCCCUCAGGAAGUUUUCCAUUCCACGGUCUACCAGCCGCCAAUACGGGAGCGCUACAACUCGCUGGACAGCCCCUACUGCAGCACAAUGGAUCAGCGGGCAGCGAUGCACAGGGACUCGUACGCCCAUGUUCCUCUCGGGUAUGAGGAACUGUAUCGCCACAAACAGGAACAGUGGGCACAUCACCACGGCAACAUGAACAGACCUUCCCAACCAUCUCCUGUUUUCACUGUAGAUUUCUGCCCAGAGAAUCCUGAGGGUGUGGGUGGUGGGUGUACGACUUGUAAGUGUCACGGUGGAGAAGAGAGUCUUGCCCACUACUCUCCCUGGUCGUGCGGCACCAUCAGCCCCUUUGAGUCAGAGCCCCACCAUUUGUCAACCCACUCCUGUUCCAAACAGCCAGAAGGGGAGAGCGGAUGCAAACGGUGGCUUCACGUGUUAGAGCCUUACAGGAGACUGAAAGAUGAAGAUCCCAUCAUUCCUUUCGGAGAGGGGCCAAUCAUUUCCAAAUGGGGAGCCAUUUCUCGAGCCUCUCGCACUGGCUAUCACACCACUGACCCGAUCCAAGCCACCGCCUCACAGGGAAGCGUCGGUACAACAUCAGUCAAUUUCAGAGAUUACGGCUCUCAUAUCGGUCACAGUGACCUCAGAUGGGGCCCACGCGGAUCUGAUUCCUCCAGUCACUCCAGCUUUCUAGAGAGCGAACAUCUUCCAGUGUCGGGUCUGCACGGCAGACGUUAUUCCUUCAGCAGCGCGUCAAAGCAAGCCUCAGAUAUGCUGGGGAAAGAUGGGGCAGACAGCGAGCCGGACAGAGACAUCGAGUUAGAGCUUUCUGCUCUGGAUAUGGAGGACAUUGAGACACAGGGCUGCAAACCUGAGGCUCUUUACACACAAAGACGCUCAGAUAAGAGUCAUCCUUCUACGGCCUUCAGUACUUACGGUUCCCAGCUACCUGACAGAAUGGACGCCCAUCUUAUGAAGAAGAUGGCAUUCAGGAAGACCUUCUCACCUGGAGGUCUUAGUAUGGGGAAGAUACCAAUGUGCUCGCCCAGGCCUGGAGACCCCCCACGACCCAGUCCAGGACCCGAGGUGCUGCUAAACGGGAACUGAAGGGGCCGGACACAACAAGCCCCUCACAUUCCAAUUCCAAGGGGUCAUGCCAAGAAACCACCAUACUCCUUAGGUAGAAGGUAGAGUUGUCCUUAUAGGAGUCAAAUGAGGCGGCGAGACGCAGCCGGAAGCCUUCUUUAGUUAUGUGUUCUCUUCAUAAGAGCUAGCUAUGCCCUCUGUAAUCACUUGACAUCUAUUCCCAGUUUGUUUGUUGUUUUUUAAUCACCGCUUGUGGAUGAAUGUUCAUGUUGAGUCACAAACUCCACCUCAGGUAACUGUUGAUGUCAGCCAAUCAAAACUCACUCCAAACUAGGAACCAAUUACCCACGUCCCAUCACUCUGUGCAAAUGGUCUCUUUGGAUAGAUUAUUUUAGGUGUAUCAAUGUUUACAAUUUCAAAUAUAUAUAUAUAUAAUAUAUAUAGUCAAAUAAACAGUAUAUCAAGAAUAACCAAGGUGCUUGGAAUUAAUAGUACUUGCAUUAUUACUGCAGUGUUGGCCGCUGAAAUGUGCAUGUUGGGCGUCGUUCUUCGAAACAAUCAUUGAAUAUUGUUUUAAUGUCAUCACGUGGUAUACAAAUUUCAUAGGCAAUCGUUAUUUAAAUUCUUAAAGGAAUAGUUCACACAAAAAUUGAAAUUACCACAUUCAAUGGAAGUAAAUAGGGACUGGGGUCACCCAGCUCAAAAAGUUGCAUAAAUCUCCUGAAGCUGUACACUUGAUUUGGGUUCACGUAUGUUUAUUAUAAAAGAUGAUCUCUCAAGACAUGUUGUGCCAGGUUUGGACAUUGUCGGUGGUCAUAGAUGUGGCACCAUUGACUUUUGACAAUAUUGCCACAAAUAAGAUGAGAGGUUUUUUGCCACGUUAAUUUAGCCUCUUUUGUAUUUUUAUUGUUUGGUGUGCUGUUCCUUUAAUCCAUAUAAAAAGCACAAGAGUUUCACAGCUGUUGUGAAAACAGUGUCGUUUUUCUCAAAGAUGAAAUACACGUACAAAUAUUCAGUGAGUUUAAACACAGAAUACAGUUUCUCUUAGAUGUUAUGCGCAUCAGUGCUGGCUUUUUAUUUGUAGUGGACAAAACAUGACGUCAGUUUUCAUUGCUUUCAUUUGUUGCGGUAUGACUUAACAAAGGCAAUUUACAGGAGACCGAGUUCUUGUAUCUUUCAGAAUUAGUGUUUACCCUUAUUUAUUGGAAAACAUUUCUAACUUCCAUGAAGUUGUUAUCAAAAUGUUGUGUAUCUCAUAUUUGGUCAAGAUCCUAUCCACAGCAUCAACACACGAUUUUCAGUAUGAGUUCAUAUCUGAUAGACAACUCAAAAACAAUUGACUUACAUGAUGACUUGCAUACUGAGAUUUAGAUUUGUGCAAUGAAACGUGUUGCUAAGAGGGUUGAGAAUUUAUAAAGAGAUGGUAUAUUUGUUGACAUCACAUGUUAAAAACUCGCUGAUUUAAAUAUCAUUUUUUUUCAAUCAAUAAUUUAUGAUGGGACGGUUUCUGCUUUUAUGGUUUAUUCCAAAAAAACGGUAACUGAAUACUCAUUUGUUAAAAAUAAUUUGCCUGGACCAGUGUCUGUUAUAUGUUUAUACAGUAUAUGUGUACGAAUGAGCAAAUGUAUGUCUUGUUUGAGUAUGAAACAGAAUAUGAAAGCAUUAUCACUUAAGACUGUUAAAUUCUCUGCUAUUUUUGUUUUUGAUAAACUAAGAUCGUCUAUAAGAGUUUUUUUUCUGGUCUUGGCUUAAGUAGUCUUAAUAAAUCUCACUUUGCCUCCUGUAGUCGAAAUGACAUCAAAAACAUAUUAGUUUUAAUCUAACUCAUAAAACACAAGGUUCAGCUCAUGCUUCAUCAAUGAAAAACUUCCAAUUAAACAGUUUUUUCUCUUUUAAAUUCGUCUUCAUACUUUUAAUGAAAUUGGGUUACUAGUUAUACAUGUUUCUUGCUAGAUGUCAAAUUGCCUUUACAAUAGCGUUUUACUUUUUUAUCACCCAAUGCAAUGCAACAUCGCCUUAUUCUUAAGUGUUUUACGAGUGUCUAUCAGCCUAGCUUGGCUCUGUAUCAUGCAUGCUGCCUUUGGCGAAGCCAUUCUUUGGCAGAGGAGGUAUGAUUGUGUAUCUGUCACACAAAAACCCAGCGCUGUGAGUCUCCUGCACUUGUGUGGCCGAAUCUUGCAUCCUACACACUUCCUAUUGCACUUAUUGUCUGCUCUUGUGGAUUUAUAUGGAUUGUGAUUGUUAUUUUAUAUCCAUAGUUGCAUAGUUUUUUUUCCCUUGGAAAUGCAGAUUUUGUUUGCAUCUGAAUUUUAAAAAUUUGCUUUGAUGUUAUUAUGGGUCAGGACAUUUUUGGCUGUGAUGAGCUGCUUGUAUUGUCUGUGUGCAACCGCCAAAACAAAUUGAUGUGUUGGAUACUUUUACGUCUGUAUUAGACAUUUUAUUUGCAAAUCUAUUGUUCGAUUCAAUUGUAAAUGAAUAUAAGAUGGGCAUCCGUCAUUUUUUACAGCCAGGGCCAUCAUUAGAUGGACAUACUGCACAUUUGUAAGAUAUAUAAUCAGCUAUAUUAAAAUAUAUAAGGCUAUUUAUGGUCAAAGAGAGAGAUUUUUAAAUUUAGGAAUAUCUUUUGAUGAAAUAAUAGAAACUAUUUAUGUCACUUUUUCUUUUAAAAUACCACUUGGCAAAGGUUUCCCUUUUUCAUGUGGCAAGGAAAGAAAUACUAUAUAUAGAGAUGUAGCCAAUGCACUGGUUUUGGUUGUUUGUUAUUGCUCUUGUAUUAUGCCUAAGCUUUGCUCCGAUAUGUAGGGCAAGCUUGUGAAAUGAAUUUAAAGGUCAUGACACAUAGCUGCAUGGCAAGAAAAUAAACACAGUUACAUCA